AUGAUAAGUGGCGAAAGAUCCAGCUCCUUCAGCUCAUCCAGCUCAUCUGGCGUGCACAUUCACAGACAUCGCGGUGGGGCGGAAAGUUGCAAUGCCACGCGCGAAGACUGGAGACAAUUCUUCUCCUACUUCAUUUGCUGCCUGCGCUGGAACAAAAAAUCCGAUUACUUCCAUCAGCAGCCCCAGCGAUGGGCCUCCAUCGUUUGGGGCCUGCUGAUCCUCUUCAGCUGCAUGAGCCUUCUCAUCAUGGUUGUCCCCGUUGAGACGAAAAUCCAAGGCGACAUCGUCCCCGGGGCCGCCUCGCCGGUGGUCACAUCGGGCUUCUUUUUCCGCUCCAUCCUGCCCGUGCACCCGAUUGAUGUCAACCCCCUGUCGGAGAUUUACUCCUUCCCCGAGAUCCAGCCCUCGGUGUCUCGUCGCGGCCAGGAGCUGGCAACGAAGACCACCUUCCCCGAGCCCAACCACUUCCAUGCGAUGUUCGUGCAGCUGGAAGUCGGCGCCGAAGUGACCGUCAUCGUGGACCACAACCCGGUUGCGGCAUCCUGCAAGCUCACGCUGCUGGUCUUCGACUCGGAGUCCCGGUUCAUGCAGUGGGUUGACUCGGACGUCUGGGGGCAAAUCCACCGGCUUCCGGUGGCCGACCUUUCGGGCAUCCUCAAAAUGAACCCCGCCCAAAAGAGCACCACCUAUGUCUUCGUCCUGUAUGGCGACUACUCGACCGAUCUGCCCUCCUGCUAUGUGACGACCCCGGCCCGGCUCCAGAUCUCGGUCGACACCCCGAUGCCGCACCUGGGGACCUCCUCCCGGGUGCCGGUUUACCAGCCAGUGGCCCUGGGCUCCGGUGACACGUCGGUCAUCUAUGCCCUGCCGACCCCGCAGUUGGCCUUCCAUCCGGUGCAAAUGGCCCUCGAGCGCCGGGGCUGGGCUCUGGCCCUGGCGCUGGUGCCCAUCUCCUGCUCCCUGGCCGUCGCCGCUGUCCUCCUGCUGUUUGGCUGCUUUGGCGAGAUGGUCAUCUCCUGGCCUCGAUCCCUGGCUCGUCCCUGA